AUUAUAGGUACCUCGACGGUGAGACAACUGGCCAAGAAAUUAUCGUUGAACGUCAUUUGGUCAGGAAGAUGUUGGGCUAAAUAUUCGGGUUUAUCUUGAGUGCUUAUUUGGGUCGAACUAAAUUCAAAACUCGAUCGUAGAAGCAGGCCAGGAAGAGAUCCUGUCUGACGGGCUGGCUUAUUUGACCCAUAAAACCGGCGACGGCGGGAAUUUAUAUCCCGAAGAAACUCCGGGUUCUAAAAAAUGCCUAAAUAGGCGGGAAAUCUGAAGAAGAAAGAGAACCCACUGCUAAAAAGUAAAAACCCUACUCUUUUUUUCUGAAAUUAACUUCACUCUCUGCUAUUCCCUAUCCAAUGGGUAUCAAGGGUUUAACGAAGCUUUUAGCGGACAAUGCUCCCAAAUCCUUGAAAGAGCAGAAAUUUGAGAGCUAUUUCGGCAGGAAAAUCGCCAUUGAUGCCAGCAUGAGCAUUUACCAGUUUCUUAUUGUGGUUGGACGAAGCGGCACUGAGAUGCUCACUAAUGAAGCAGGCGAAGUUACUAGCCAUUUGCAAGGAAUGUUCACCCGGACGAUUAGGCUUUUAGAAGCUGGAAUUAAGCCAGUCUAUGUGUUCGAUGGGAAGCCUCCAGAUUUGAAAAGACAAGAACUUGCUAAACGUUACUCAAAGAGGGCGGAUGCAACAGAAGAUCUUGAUGAAGCUAUUAAGGCUGGAAAUAAGGAGGAGAUUGAGAAAUUCAGCAAGAGAACUGUGAAGGUCACUAAGCAACACAAUGAUGACUGCAAAAAACUUCUUGGACUUAUGGGAGUGCCAGUCAUUGAGGCUCCUUCAGAAGCCGAGGCUCAGUGUGCUGCACUUUGCAAAUCAGGAAAGGUUUAUGCUGUGGCCUCUGAAGACAUGGAUUCUCUGACUUUUGGAGCUCCGAGAUUUCUUCGUCAUUUAAUGGAUCCCAGCUCCAAAAAGAUCCCAGUGAUGGAAAUUGAAGUUUCCAAGGUUUUGGAGGAGUUGAACCUGACGAUGGAUCAGUUUAUUGACUUGUGCAUUCUCUGUGGCUGCGAUUAUUGUGAUAGUAUUCGAGGUAUUGGGGGCCAGACUGCUCUGAAGCUCAUUCGCCAGCAUGGCUUAAUAGAGAACAUCUUGGAGAAUAUAAACAGAGAAAGGUACCAAAUACCUGAAGAUUGGCCCUUUUCAGAUGCUAGGCAACUCUUCAAAGAACCGGAAGUGGUUACAGAUGAUGACCAACUUGAUUUGAAGUGGACUGCACCAGAUGAGGAAGGGCUGAUAAAUUUCCUGGUUAAAGAAAAUGGAUUCAAUAUUGAUAGAGUCACAAAGUCAAUUGAAAAGAUUAAGGCUGCAAAAAACAAGUCUUCACAGGGGAGGCUAGAAUCAUUCUUCAAACCAGUUGCCAACUCAUCAGCACCGGUGAAGCGAAAGGAAACUAAAUGCAUUCUUGGAUCUCCAAAACCAUUAGUCAAGCUUGAGAGGAAAAUUGAGCGAGCCUCUCUGAAAACCAGGGUGUCGGGCCACCUAAGGCAGCCAACUCUCUUUAUGGGCUCAAAGCAGUCACUGCUUUUAUCUGGAGUUGUCUGCUUUGGAACAUAAAGCUCCGAAAACCCUGGUGAACCUGGAUCUCCAUGUUUGACGCUUUGCUGAUAUUCCUUUGGUAGCAUCUGAAUGCUGUCAUCUGUUGUUUGACUGUAGUAUGUGAUCUAUAUGCUAUAGAUACAUCUUUAGAACUUUAGAAAUGUGUCCUGAUUCUAUCAGUUGUUCAAAUUCUACCUUUCCGCCAUUAGACAAGUACAGCGCCGGUAAUUAUGUGCAGUGUUUCCACCCGUAUCAUCUUGUAUUUUUCCGGACAAAGUCAUUAUAUUAUGUCCCUUCGCAGUUUACUCUUUUUUUUUUUUUAAUUGUUUUAAUAAAAAGUUAAUUCAUAGUUUGUCC